AUGAAAAAAUUCGCAUUAAUCCUUAUUUUUACAAUUGUCGUUAUCAAUAACUUUAUUGCUAUCACAAUAGCUUUGAGAUACAACAGAAAUAAUGAAUUUCAUCCUAGUUUUACUGAUAAUUCAAUGACUCCAGUGAGGCGGCAGGCUUGCAAUCCUCCUUGCAAUACUAAUCAAACAUGUUGUGGAAGUCUUUGUUGUGGAGCUGCAUCAGCAUGCUGCGUGGGUCAAAAUCGUUGUUGUGGAGCCGCGCAAUCAUGCUGUGGUCAAAGUCUUUGUUGCUCCGGAGAUUGCUGUGGGAAUGGAACUCAUUGUUGUGGAGUCGCGCAAACAUGCUGCGGAAGCUCUUGUUGUGGAGCUGCACAAACAUGCUGUGGAGACCGUACGUGCUGUGGUCCAGUACAAACAUGUAAUAAUGGUGUUUGUGUAUCUA